AUGUCUGCUGGUGUGUCUUCACACCAUUUUCACAGAAAUAAAAGUAAUGCAGCACGCAGAACUGAAGUUGAUACAUCACAAAGAACAGGAUGUUACUUUUGUGGAAAUCAUGAACACAUAAGAGCCUUCGGUUACAAGUAUUGGGAGAGGAUUAAAAGGCUCAUAUAUGAAAGAAAAUUCACAUGGAAUAGAUCCCGUAAUCAGAUUUGGGUGAAGAAAGGUGACCUGCAAUCGACUGUUACAAGAUGUACUUCAGGCAGUACUACAUGA